GUAAAACUCGAGUACUAGCUUUCCAGUCCUCGGGCAGACAUAGUCGAUACCUACUCCACCGGCAUGUACCUAGGUACAGAGCGACAAAGAUGUAUGAUUGACCACGCAGAUCCGUGCGCUCCUACUUCCAAAGUGUCGCCUACGUCUCCCCACUCUACGCCACCACAGAAUAAGGUGACCACCAAGGAGCGCGUUUAUUAUGUUCUCCCCAUAGCAUUUAUAGCGGCGUUUGCUAUAUCCGCCACUUCUGCGUCCACCGUAUAUGCAUACGCUAGCAUCCUAUGCACGGAUCCAACCCAUUGCGAGGACAACGAGCGAAAUCGCUACGCCGGUGCCGUUGCUAUUGCGACUACGCUAUCUAAUUCGAUCAGCAUCGUGGCAAUUUGCCUUCUUCGACAGUGGGCGGAGACCAAUCCAAAAUUAGGGCUGUGUCUAUGGUUAAUCUGUCGAGGGUUAAGCGUCAUAGUACUGUCGGUUGGAGUAAUCUUCCACAAUAUUUACAUCGCAAUAGCAGGCCGCAUAUUUGAAGGCUUAGCAACCGACAAUAUACUGCAUUAUACUCUGGCUGCUGUCUACGUCCGAGCUGGGGAUGAGAGUCGAUUUCCACGGUUGAUGGGGACCUCAUUAGCGCUAUACAUGAUUGGCAUGUCGAUAAGCCCAGCGCUUGUCACAUUGUUACCACAUUUCCUAUUCAGCUUUCUCUUAGCUUUCACGUUGCUGGGAUCCUCACUUUUCUACCUUCUUGCUUUUGUUCCCGGAUUGACUCCGGUAACAGAGAGCGACUAUGGAGAUCACUCUGAGUCCCAUCGAGGGAGAGAUGCCGUAGGCUCUUUUUCGAUUUUUACACCCAUCCGAUACCUGGUCUAUGAACCAACUGCUCUUUUUGCAAGCCUGGCCAUCUUCUUCUACAACACCGCACAAGCCUACCUCUUCCCUGCUAUCAUGGUAUAUGCGACCUUGAAGUUUGGGUUUACAAGCGUAGAGAACAGCUAUAUCGUUUCCAUAGCUGCGGGUACAUCUUCAAUUUGCCUAUUCACCGUAUUUUAUAUAAUCCCAUGGCUACAUGUUGUGCUAAGCCUACUUGGAGCAGUGGGGACUGCAGGAAAUACCUGUAACGCUGACGUUGAAGCAACUGUCAAGACUAGAUCUACGGCCUACAUGUUCUAUAGCAACAUGUUCUACGCGGUUCUAUCUAUGUCUAUCCAGGCAGUUACUUUACCUGCCUUCCUAGUGAUAAAGACGGAAUGGCAUAUAUAUGUUUUGAUUAUUUUGGUUGCUUUGGGACUGGCUGCUCCCAGUUUCAUUAAGAGCUAUACGGUCGCAAUAGCUAGUUCAAAAGAUUCUGCUUUAGCUGGGCUAGCUAUAAUGGAAAGCCUGGGUGGGUUAUUCUCAUCUAUAAUCCUAGGCGUUAUACAGAGUUCCAUAAGCCAAAAUAGCGUCUUCAUUGUUGCAUCAAUGUUAGUUGGAGCUGCUAUAUUAUGUCUAGCCGGAAGUUACUUCACGAGGAGAUGAAUAGAACGUUUGGUAUAUUUCAUCCCAGAAGCACGUUGGUCCCUCCCUCAUGAGUUUUCAACGAAUGAUCUAGUACAGCCGCAAGUCUCUGGAGCCCUUCAGCUAGCUGAUCUUCUUGAAGUGCGAAGUUGAUUCUCGCCCAGCCUUUCUCGCCCUCGGGAACAUGGUAUCCUCUUCCUGGCGAGAUAUUAACCCCGGCAGCUUUGCACCCUAUAACAAACUCCGCUUCCUCGUCGUCCUUACU